AUGGAUGAGGACGACCAGUCCGGGAGCGGCGGCGACGGCGACGGCGGCGCAGACCCCGGAGGCGGCGGCGACGGCGACGGUCCGGCGGCGGUAGCAGCAGCGGGCGGCGGUGGAGCGCCGGAUGUCGAUGGCGCGGGCGGCCUCGGGAGCGGCGGAGCGGCAGCACCAGGCGAAGGCGCGGGCCACAACGCGGGCCCCGAAGGCGGCGACGGCAGCGACGGUCCGGCGGCGGUAGCAGCAGCGGGCGGCGGUGGAAGGCCGGAUAUCGAUGACGCGGGCGNCGGCGGCGGCGACGGUCCGGCGGCGGUAGCAGCAGCGGGCGGCGGUGGAAAGGCGGAUGUCGAUGACGCGGGCAGCCUCGCGACCGGCGGAGCGGCAGCACCAGGCGAAGGCGCGGGCCACAACGCGGGCCCCGAAGGCGGCGACGGCAGCGACGGUCCGGCGGCGGUAGCAGCAGCGGGCGGCGGUGGAAAGGCGGAUGUCGAUGACGCGGGCAGCCUCGCGACCGGCGGAGCGGCAGCACCAGGCGAAGGCGCGGGCCACAACGCGGGCCCCGAAGGCGGCGACGGCAGCGACGGUCCGGCGGCGGUAGCAGCAGCGGGCGGCGGUGGAAAGGCGGAUGUCGAUGACGCGGGCAGCCUCGCGACCGGCGGAGCGGCAGCACCAGGCGAAGGCGCGGGCCACAACGCGGGCCCCGAAACGGCGGCGGCGGCGGCGACAAUCCGGCGGCGAAGCGACGACCUCGAAGGGUAG